AUUCGUACUUUUCAACUGAACACAAGCCAACAUGUGAAAUUGCAGCCUUCUAAUUCUUACUGUAGAUUUUGCAUUUUAUACAAUUCAGGAAAUAAAUGAACAGCCAGUUGUCAGAAAAAAAACGUUUCUAUAACAUAGAUAAGUGAUAUAAAAAUCACGUGAACCUUCUGUAACGUAUAAAUCUUAGCUUUGGGGUUUUGAAAAGCAGUUGUAUGUACAGUACGUGGUACUAAUGUGUAGUGUGAUGCAUCAUUUAUCAGGUUGAUAAAAACCACAUGCAGUAUUUCUUGCGUUUUACUGGUAGAUGUACAGUAAGUCGUGACAAGUGGACACCUGAACUAGUAUUGCACACUGAUUUACAUGUACUGUGACUGUGUUGUUUGGUUGUACUAUUUGAGGCAGGAGUGCAUCGCUACAGUAUGCUUUCCCGUGAGAUUGAGCACUUUGGUAAGAGUUUGUUUGUACAGGUUGUAUUUAAUAAUUAUUUUUUCUUUUCACGUUGCAUGCAUAGACUGCGUAAACAAAACAAUGAUUAAAUCUGUACAUAUUAGCAUAAACGUUUGUACCUUUGUAACAGUCAGGUGUGUGAUUUGAGUCAGUGAUGGCUGUGGAUAAUAGACAGUUGGUUGAUGCAGUUAGGUUAAAAUAGUUAAUUACAAAUUACACACAGAGAAUAAAAUUAAAACAAUUAAAAACAACAUAAAAUAACUAUUUUUAUAAUAAUAAAAAUGUUAUUUAUUCACCUUUUUUACCUUCCGAACUGACAAAUGUAUCUCUGCAAACAAAAGUAAAUAACGGCAGGCAAAUAAGACAACAUAAAAGUAACACCUUGUCGGUUAGUAAGAAACUAGUCGAAACUUGUCGACUUGUAUUACUUGACCGCGUGAGGGCGCCCCUGAGUCACUGAGCGAGCAUACGACACAGCUUAUUACAAUAGAGGCAAGUAGCGUCGUCUACUAUUCACAGAUUGCGUUACAAGCGUUACCAACAUUUCCAGUCUCGUCUCAUUAAAUUGACCUAUAUUUUAUAGGUUCACCCGUCUGUAGAUAUUUAAAUUAUUGUCUGUCUCUGGUAUCGACGUUCGGAUAAACUUAUUAUUAUUAUUAUUAUUGUUAAUAAUAAUAAUAACUUAAGCGUAAGAUAGUUGUUCCACGUAUUCAUCGUGUCGUAAGAGCCACCGUUUUGAUGACGUCACAAAUAUGUGGAAUCCUGGGAAGUGAAGUUGUUAUAUGGCUGAGUUAACUGAGAGAGGCGUUCAUGGUCCUACCAGUCUUGAGUUAUUGUGUUUGAAGUUAAACCUAAAACUAAGCCACUUUAGACACUACAAUAAAAAAGUAAUACAACAUAACAGACAGAUAUGUGUUCAUAAGAUUAAAAUAUGUAAUUGUAAUUAACAAGAUUUCUAACCGUUUUUGAAAUUAAACUAUUUAAUAGCACUGACUUACUUGCCCUGUCAAUGUAAACAACGUUGAAUAUAGGGUUGAGUCAACGCAGAUGGUCAAGAGGAAUAACUCCCCCGAAUGUAAUUACCACAUCUUAUUGGAUAAUGUAGGAAAAAGACCCUCCUCUUUUGUAAUUUCUCUGCGACGUCUUGUUCCUAUUGGUGAAGUUAGGUCGGCGAGCACAAAACAACAAGCAAGGUAGGGUGAGGACCGUCGUGAUGGAUGCAGCCACCUUAACAUAUGACACACUUCGCUUUGGAGAAUUUGAAGAUUUUCCUGAGACCUCAGAGCCAGUGUGGAUCUUAGGCAAAGAAUACAAUGCACUCACAGAAAAAGAUGACAUUUUGUCAGAUGUCACUUCAAGACUAUGGUUCACAUACAGAAAAAACUUCCCCCCAAUUGGAGGAACGGGACCAACGUCAGACACAGGAUGGGGUUGUAUGUUACGAUGCGGACAGAUGAUCCUCGGUGAAGCCUUGUUGUGUCGACAUUUAGGCAGAGACUGGAGGUGGGCGAGAGGCCAGAAGCACAGAGAAGAGUACAUCAGUAUUCUCAAUGCCUUCAUCGACAAAAAAGACAGCUAUUAUUCCAUCCAUCAGAUAGCCCAAAUGGGAGUUGGAGAAGGGAAGCCUAUAGGCCAGUGGUAUGGACCAAACACAGUGGCCCAGGUUCUAAAGAAGCUGACAGUGUUUGAUACGUGGAGCAGGUUAGUUGUGCACGUAGCAAUGGACAACACGGUGGUCAUCGAAGAGAUCAAGCGCCUCUGCAUGCCAUGGCUGGACUCUGCAGGUGAAGCAGAGGGGGCCACAGAGAUGAAUGGCUGCCUUGAGGGAGCAUGUGCUUUCGCUGAAGAGGAGACGGCUCUGUGGAAACCCCUGGUCCUGCUCAUCCCCCUCAGGCUGGGCCUGAGUGACAUUAACGAGGCCUAUAUUGAAACCCUCAAACAAUGCUUCAUGCUGCCUCAGUCGUUAGGUGUCAUUGGAGGAAAACCAAAUAGUGCUCAUUAUUUCAUUGGUUAUGUUGGGGAGGAACUAAUCUUUUUGGACCCACACACCACGCAGCCUGCAGUAGAGCCGUCAGAAGAUGGCCAGGUUUACGAUGACACGUACCACUGUCAGCACCCACCCUGUCGCAUGCACAUCUGUGAGCUGGACCCUUCAAUUGCAGCGGGUUUCUUCUGCAGCACCGAGGAUGAGUUUGAUGACUGGUGCAUGCGUAUAAGGAGGCUGUCCUGCAAAAGAGGGGGCUUGCCCAUGUUUGAACUUGUGGAAAGUCAGCCGUCUCACAUGGUCAGCGUUGACGCACUAAACCUCACUCCUGAUUUCUCAGAUUCUGACCGGCUGGAGCGGUUCUUUGACUCCGAAGAUGAAGAGUUUGAGAUUCUUUCCUUGUGAGGGAAUUAUGGACACUAAUGUACUGCUUGUUAAGAGUAGGCAAAUGAUUCUCUCUCUCUUCCCUAUCAGAAGGAAAAAAGCCUGAUUGGAGAAACAUUCUUGGAGACCUCUUGAACCAGUCGAGAUACAUGGUGUAGACCAGGCGUGGGCUAACUUUUUGAUUCGUGGGGCCACAAUUGUCCUAAAAUUGAACAGGGGUUCCAGGUCAGGAGUAGAUAGAUGGAGCGUUCGUGUGAACUAAGAUAAAUGACGAUGUAAAAGUCAUGCAUAAAGGCUAAAACGCGAAAAUGCUUUUAUCAUUUUCUACACCAUCUAUUGGGGAAACAUGGGUAUUGCAGGGAAAGGGCAGAAGUAUAAUGAUAAUAUAAGUAAAUUAUAUAAUUUGGAAAAGUGUGGCAGGCUGGAUUAAAAUAUAGAAUGGGGCCGCAGGCUGCCCAUGCCUGGUGUAGACAGUGUGUAGCUGUGUGUACCAACACACAGUUCUCUGAUUAAUCCCUACGUCCAACCUUGAGAUGGUCCUGUCAAAUGUGUGGCAGGAGCUCGGGAUUAAUCUGAAUGCACAUUUUUACAUUCACGUCUUUGCAUUUGUAGUCUUAACACUUUGAAAUGUUACGUCUGAGGUGAUCUGGUGCCUUUCCUUGAAUUAUGCCACAAUGGUUUUAUGUUAAAAUGAUAACAGCGGCUCAACUGAUGGCGCUCAUAGCCAUUGCUGUUUGUCAGUAAUACCCAACAGCGUGUAAAGAAAAUAAAUGUACUUAAAUCUGCAGACAAUUCUAUGCCAAUUUCAAACAACACUUAUUUGCUUGAAAAUUCAUUUAUUAAAUCAAUUCAUUAAAUGGACAGGUAAAUUACCAAUAAAAAUGUAAAAGGACUUAAAGAUAAAAUUAAAAUACCCCCAAACCUGAAAUUUUAGACCUGUUUCUCUUUAAGUUUUUUUUUCUUUUAUUAAUUAGUAGCAAAUAUAAAAUGUGUAAAAGAAUAAUCUGCUUUUAAAGAUUAAUUACCAAUUACGAAAAAUAACCACAUGUAUCACAUGUUUUAUGCUGCUGCGAUUGUGGCCGGGUUUACUUCCACAGUUCACCCAGUGGCUGGUUCUCAACUGUACUGACUGUGUUCAGACUGUGGGUGGCAAUGUCCUCGUGCACAUCCUCAAUGCUCGCAGAAGCGUCAAUAACCUGCAACAGACAGGCACAGUCAUGUUGAGUGCAGUCGGUUUAACUACAAUUAAAGCUGCUGUCGGCGAUUAUAUUGUUUAGCUAACGCUCUGUCUGUUGCUGCUGCCAAUCACAUUCACGUCGUGGGCAUUUGAGGCGUUGAUUCCCUGCUUUUCUUUAUAGGCGCACAGAGACUUGUUUCAGAAAAGACUUUAUUGACAAGAGACUUACAGACAGUUAUUUGGAAGUUAUUCCAAAAGAGUAUUAUUAUUAUAUUGUUACUAAGGUCAUACAUCAUUUGGUGUCCAUGUCCAGUGAAAGGCAGUCAGUGGGAGAAUGGGCAGACCAAGAGAGCAGAACUGAAAGGGACAAAUGAAAGGCUCAGUUUUUAGUACGACGUACGAGGCAUUGCAAGUUAGCAUUGACUCAUCUUGUUGAUUGCAGAUUGAAAGUAAAGCUCUUCUAUUAGUCUAAACAGCUGGGUGUAUAAUCAUUAGUGAUAGCUCAAUCCGAUAGUGGGGUUCGGUAUCGGUUCGAUGCUGGUCAAAAUUUCAGGAUUGAACAAGGAUCGUCUGAUCCAAUACUUGAGCCCAAAUGCUAACUCUGCACAACAUGCCGUAAACAGGAACACUGUCACCUCUGCAACAGCAGCCCUUGGCAUGCUGGAGGAGAAAAGAAAGUGUCGGGUUGAUAUCUGUAUCGGAAGAUACUCCAAGUUGCAGUAUCGGUACCGGACUGAAAAAGUUGUAUAAAGCCAUCCCUAGCAAUCAUUGCACUCCACAAGUGAACACAAUCCAACGAUUCAGCAAAAAACAGAUACUUGAGAGAGGUUUUGAGGCAAUUGUAAAAUGGCAAACUUUUCAAAUCCAAAAUGGUUGUCAAAAAAAAAACCCCAACAUGUUUUUGCCAAAUUAAAGAAAAAUCAUUUAAUGGUG